AUGCACCAAGCACUCACUUACGACCAUCCAAACCCUGUGAUCAUGAAGAACAGGAACACAGAGGUUCCAUAUAUGAAGAAUCCUGAGGGGAUCCCCUACGUGAUUGCUCAUAGAGGAGCCAGUGGGCAGUUGCCUGAUCAUUCAGCUGCUUCUUAUGCUACUGCUUACUAUGAUGGAGCUCAUUUUAAUGAGCCUGAUCUUCAAGUCACAAAGGAUGGCGUCCUUGUUGUCAUGCAUGAUGAAUGCAUGAAAUCAUCGACUAAUAUAGAAGAUCUUACCCAGUUUGCAGAUAGAAGGACUAACGCCACAGUUUCAACAAACGAGACUUACUUCGAAUGAAUUAAUGACUUCUUGGUAAAUGACUUCACAUGGCAAGAACUUGUUGAAUCAGGCCUUAAACUUAGAAGUAGGUAUAAGGAAAGAGGAGAGUUUUAUAAUAGCCUUUUUGCUCCAAUGAGGCUUGAAGACGCUAUUGACUUCAUGCUUGACCUCAAUGACAGAUCGCCUAGAGAAAACCGCAAGUUCAAAACAGGUCUGUAUAUCGAGACGAAAUCUGUUGGUUUUUAUAAACAAGAGAGAAAUGUUGAUAUAGCAAAGCUGCUUUAUGAAGUAUUAGAGAAGUACGACCUUGAAACUGUGGAGAAAGCAGCUAAGAAGCUACCUAUUUUUAUCCAGUCCUUUGAGCAAGACUCUCUGUUAUACUUUAAAACAAAGACAAAUUUGCCAACUGUUCAGUUGAUGUGGGACGAACAGGAAUAUGACCUUGAGUGGGUUACGAGUUAUGCUAAUGGAGCUGGGCCAAAACAUACAAUGCUGUUCAACUAUGAUGACGAAGAGUACAAUUUAUACAAACCUUCAAGAUUGAUUGAAAAGUGUCAUGAAUUGGGGAUGCAAGUGCAUCCAUACACUCUCCAAGAUGAUAAGCUUGUCUAUGCAAGUAAUGAAAUCGAUGAAAUGAUUAUCUGGGAGGCUAAAGGCAUUGAUGGAGUUUUUACUGAGUUCCCCAGAUCAACUUUGAGCAUCCUCAAGCAUUCUCAUUCAAAUAGGAUUCUUCUUUCUGGAACAGAUCAGUGUACCCUAGUUGAAGAUUCCUGUACAUAA